ACUGGACAAGUGAACCCGGAUCACGUCACAGAUUGCAGUGUGUGGUGAAGCUCCUGAUGGUGGCAGCAGCUUCAGUGACGCAGCGUCUGCGUGCUCCACCCAACGCCCAGAGCUUCGCGAGCGCCGCGCGAGUCAUGGCGUCAAAGAGGAUCUCCUGAAGAACAAACUCCGCGCAAACUCUCGCCGAAACCGCGUAACAAGCCUCCGACGACCGUCCGGAUCUCACACAAAACACCAGAAGUCCGCCUGACAAAGGAAUGAAUCAUGGUUACCGAGUGUCGACUUUGAAGCUAGCAGAGCGCAGCUAGCUCAAGAGUUUGGCGUCGCGACGAGUUUCGCGAACAGUGUGAACAGAGUGUAAAUAGAGUAAUACAUGUAAUUUAACACACAGUAGUGUGAGGAAAGGAACUCUUUAAGGGUCUCUCCGAGAGUUUGUUCGCGGUGUAGUGUGUGUGUGGACGGGUGAAGAUGGCUCAGUCGCCGGUAUCCGUUCAAGUUCCUGGAAUGCAGAACAGCCGAACAGACCCUGAGGAGUUGUUCACUAAACUGGAGCGGAUCGGGAAGGGCUCGUUCGGUGAGGUGUUCAAAGGCAUCGACCGCCGCACUCAGAACGUAGUAGCCAUCAAGACCAUCGAUCUCGAAGAGGCAGAAGAUGAGAUCGAAGACAUCCAGCAGGAGAUCACCGUACUCAGCCAGUGUGACAGUCCUCAUGUCACCAAAUACUAUGGCUCUUACCUAAAGGGUAGUAAACUAUGGAUCAUAAUGGAAUAUCUGGGAGGAGGUUCGGCUCUGGAUCUGCUGAGAGCCGGACCCUUUGACGAAUGCCAGAUAGCGACCAUGCUGAAAGAGAUUUUGAAAGGUUUGGACUACCUGCACUGUGAGAAGAAAAUCCACAGGGACAUAAAAGCUGCCAACGUGUUGUUGUCUGAGUCUGGAGAGGUGAAGCUGGCAGACUUCGGUGUGGCGGGACAGCUGACAGACACGCAGAUCAAGAGAGAGACGUUUGUAGGUACACCCUUCUGGAUGGCUCCCGAGGUCAUACAGCAGUCUGCCUACGACUCGAAGGCUGAUAUUUGGUCUCUUGGGAUCACUGCCAUUGAGCUGGCCAAAGGUGAGCCCCCAAACUCAGACAUGCACCCCAUGAGAGUGCUCUUCCACAUCCCCAAGAACACACCGCCCACCCUCAACGGAGACUUCUCCAAGACUUUCAGAGAGUUUGUGGACUCCUGUCUCAACAAAGACCCUACAUUUAGGCCAACAGCAAAGGAACUCCUGAAGCACAAAUUCAUCAUGAAACAUGCCAAGAAGACGUCCUACCUCUCCGAGCUCAUUGACCGGCUGAAGCGCUGGAAAGCCGAGGGUCACAGCGAUGGAGAAUCGAGUUCUGACUCUGACUCGGAGCCCAGCAGCAAGGACAGCGACUCGUCUCCUGAGUGGUCCUUCACCACCGUCCGGAAGAAGAAGAAGCCGGAAAAGACGCAGCCCAAUGGACUGGACGGGGAACUGCAGAAGAAGUCGAGCAGUUUAACCACCGUCAUGGCUCCUGUUUUCUCAGAGCUGAAAUCACAGCACAGUGACGAUGACACGACGAGAGUCCUGGAGCAGCUGGAGAAGAGCCUGCAUGUGGCUGAAGACAUCUGUCCUGGAGUCACAGACCGGAUGAUCAGCCACAUCCUGGAGAGGGUGCAGAGGUUCUCUAUGAGUUAGUGCUGCAUUGAGAAACGCCCUCCUUCUGCUGUCAGCCCUGAUGACUGCACCUUAACACACUCACACGUGUACAGAGACGAGAGGAACGCGUGGUCGCACACACACUAUCUUAUCAUAACCAAAAGGAAUUCUUCUUCUUUCUUUUUUUUGUCCCAAAGAAUGGAUAUAUAUAGUGUGUGUUCAACUGUAUUUAUACAAUUUUGCCACAUGCUUUUCUAUUAGUCUUCUGCUGGUGCCCAAGGAUGUUACACUGUUAUUUUAUUCCACAUUUUACUUUAAAAGACACAAAAAAAUAUCCUUACCGGUCAAGUAGAUCUGCGUUACAGCGCAUUAGGUUUGCAUAUAUUUAUGUAUUUGAUGUCCCAAUCCAUUACUUUAUUUUAAACUAUGAUCAAUAAUAUACACGUUUAACAGUUUCUUUUUCUUCGUCUUGGUUUGGGAUUUCUUAGUUUCUCUCGACACACUGUUAACUGUAGCAUUGCAGAACUGCUGUAUGGGAUCACAUGCAUAUCAUAUCAGUCAAAAUGAAUAGAAAUACCUCAUUCAAGCAAUCAGAAAAAGAAAGAGCUCCUUGUUAAUGAAGAUCGAUCAAAUUGAAACUGCUAGGAAAACCAGAGGAAUUUUGCUGUGCAAAAGCUACCUCCACUUCUGGCCCAUUACAAUAGGGAAUUUCAGUUUUAUCCUUUUCACUUUUGUAGUUUGACUUUUUUUUUUUUUUUUAA